AUGGCGAAUAGUGACCGAUUUGACUGGCCAGACUUUGUGGUGCUUGGUGCCAUGUUGGCCGUUUCUAUAUUCAUUGGACUGUAUCAUGGAUUCCGCAAAAAGAAACAAUCUACGGACGAAUAUUUAAUGGGCGGAAGGAACAUGUCCUUUUUACCCGUCGCAUUUUCAGUGAUGGCAAGUUUCCUCUCCGCCAUUUCUGUUCUUGGUGCCCCAGUGGAGAUUUACACUUUUGGUGCUUCAUUCUGGGUGAACGCACUUUCAUAUUUCAUCUCGGUUCCCAUCACUGCUCAUGUCUUCAUCCCGUUGUUCUUCAAACUCAAGAUAUCCAGCGCUUAUGAGUAUUUAGAGAUGAGAUUUAACAGAAAGAUUAGACUCAUGGGAUGUUUCGUUUUUACAGUUCAAAUGAUAUUUUACAUGGCGGUUGUGUUUUAUGCUCCAGCAUUGGCGUUUAGUCAUGUGAGUGGUUUGUCUCUAUGGAUUUCAGUUUUAGCAGUAGGUGCAGCAUGUACAGUUUAUACAUCCGUCGGAGGAUUAAAGGCUGUGGUAUGGACAGACGUCUUUCAGUUACUGGUGGUACUCUCUGGACUCUCAGCUCUGGUAAUUAAGGGUACCCUGGAUGUCGGAGGGCUGGGAACAGUCUGGGCUAGAGCUAAAGAAGGAGGAAGACUUGAUGUCUUUAAUUUUGAUCCCGACCCCCGGGUACGCCAUACCGUAUGGAGUUUAAUAAUUGGGGGGUCUAUCACUACCCUCAGUGUGUAUGCUGUCAAUCAAGCCAUGGUACAGAGAUAUCUCUGUGUUAAAAAUCUUAAAACUGCUCAAGGGACGAUAUAUUUCAAUCUACCAGGGAAUGUGAUAACGACAUCUCUCCUGUCUCUACUGGGACUGGUAGCUUACGCCAAAUAUAAAGAUUGUGAUCCUUUUAAAAGUGGGCGUAUAACACAACUAGAUCAGCUAGUUCCAUUGAUGGUUACAGAAACUCUUGGAGUGAUUCCUGGAAUGGCCGGGUUAUUCGUUGCCUGUGUUUUUAGUGCUGCCUUAAGCACUGUGUCAUCUGGUGUGAACGCUCUGUCGUUAGUCUACCUAGAGGAUGUAGUGAAACCGGUUUAUAAACUGUCCAGGGGAAAGCAGAUUUCAGAUCGAGCAGCAACCGUGAUCUCGAAAUGUUUGGCAAUAUUUUUUGGUUGCUUGACAGUAGGACUGGCGUUUUUAUCGAGUUUUAUGGGAAGAACGAUAUUGAAUAUUGCUUUACGAUCGUUUGGAAUGACUGGUGGACCAUUGUUGAUGUUAUUCCUUCUCGCCAUGUUCUUCCCGUCUAUUAAUUCCUGGGGAGCCGGCGUAGGUUUAGUGUGUAGCUUAUUAUUUAGUUUCUGGUUAGGAAUUGGUGCCAUAAUUCAUCGCCCUCCUAUGCCAGUGCUUUCGUUGGUAACAGACCAAUGUCACGUGGCAGCUAUAAACACUACAGUAGUCAAUCUGACGUCAACUUUCAUGACGUCGUCGUCAGUCACAGACGUCUAUAAUCUGACGUCAAACUUCACGAGUUCCACUGGUUCGUCAACUAGUGUUCACUCAUCAUACAUGUAA